AUGUCGUAUGUUCUCAUCUCCGACACGUACCCGACCAGAGACCAGUUGGCCAGCGGCGCAAACCACUUGGUCGUAGACGGUCUCGCCUCCUCCGCCAGCACACUUGUCUGCCCAUUUCAGCACCACGCCAGCAAACCAGGCAAAAAGAUACUUAAGUACUCCCCGACCAAAGAGGACGAGCGCAUACGCCAAUCGCUCAAGCUACUCAAAACCGUCCGCGACGAUUUCCGCACUGCCGAUUAUGCCCAGAGCUUCAACUGGUCUGAGAUUUCUCAGGAAUAUAAUCGACUACAAAACAGCCACGCGCAUCUGCCAUCGCGCGAUCUGUUCCGGUCAAGGAGGCGUGCGGACUGCAAUAAUGUUGAUUUAUUUAUGGCCGACAAAAACGCUUAUGAGGAGGCGUACCAAAUGACAAACGGGUCUCUGCUGGUUUAUUGGUAUACUGAUUUGGACGCUGAUAAUAAUUGCCUGGCUACUUGCGUGUGGUCAAGCAGGGACAUUGCUCGAUCGGUCAACUCGUUGCCGGCGCACAAAGAGGCCGCUAGUUUGGCUGCCGGCUCGUAUGUGCAUUACCAUAUUGAUCGCUACCGUAUACAAUGGCGGACCGAAGACAAAUCAUUCGAUCUUACGCCAAUAUUCAAGUACGUCAAACUGUGCCGGCUCAAGCUCAUCGCAGACGACCACAGCGACGAGAAGUUCGCUCAGCGAGCAGUCAUUGAUUCUCGCGGAAACACGUGCAAAAACAUCAAGACAGUGCUAGAAACGCACUGUCCGCUUCUCACGGACCCCACAGCAGCAUCCAUGGUGCCCACGCCAUACUUAUGCGGUGGCAUGCUGCAGACAGCAUACUGCGUAAAUAUUGCUCUCAAGAGCACGCCGCAGUCAGAGAUCACAUACGACCGCGAAUCAAUGAUUAUGAGCGACAAGGGAACAAUGUCACUGGACUGGUACCCCGAGCGCCGCCCAGGCGCGCAGUGCACUCGGCCCAUUGUCAUUUUGAUACCCGGUGUCGGCGGAUCUUCCUACGAGCACCAUGUGCGCAGUAUGGCCAAGUUGCUGGCCACUGGGAACAAAAAGGGAUCCGGGCGCACGCCCCUGACAUCAAGCAAAAUCAACGGCGCUCAUGACACGGACGAUUUUGGCGACAUCGUGCAGCACAUCAUCAAAAGCUACCCAAACACUUUGCUUGUUGCCCUGGGGUUCUCAUUGGGCGCUAACAUUUUGACCAGGUACUUGGGCGAGCUCAAGGACAAGUCGCCAUUGGCUGCCGCGUCGCCCUGUGCUGCCCUUUUGACAUGGAGAUGCCGGGCGCUCGCUGGAUGCCAAGAGCUUUCUGAACGACAACGUUUUCAGCCCAACUUAGUUGCCUCAAUCAAGCGCUCCGUCGAGCGCAAUGCGGAUCUCAUUAGAUCCAGUGAUGUCGGAUAUGACGUGGACGCUGUUAUGCAGACCAAGCGCAUGUCUGAGAUCGACAGCUUGCUGAUUGCAAAAAAGUGCGGCUUCAAGAACUGCUGGGACUACUACAGGGCGGCGUCCAGCACCCAGUACAUACAGUAUAUACGGACGCCUUACCUGGCGAUCAACGCGCUGGACGACCCAGUCACGCCAUACAGGGGAAUACCACUCGACAUGUUUUCCCAGAACCCAUUCACAGCGCUGGUGCUGGCCAGGCACGGCGGCCAUUUGGGCUUCUUCAGCGGCAUCACGCCCAAGAUCUGGUACUUGGAGCCCAUCAAGGAGUACUUUGACGUGUUUGCAUUUAAAAGGAAUAGGUUGAAUUGA